ACAACAACAACAACAGAGGAGGUGUUUAUCUGCAGAUAAUAAAGACAUAUCGGCGAAUAAAGACGCAAAUCUACGUUUCAUAUCCAACUACUAAAUCAGCUACGGUUGUUUUGAGGUCACUCUCACCUACUACUGAGCAAAAUGGGGCGGAUCUUCUUGGAUCACAUUGGAGGGACUCGCCUCUUCUCCUGCGCCAACUGUGACACCAUCCUGACCAACAGAGCCGAGCUUAUCUCCACACGCUUCACUGGAGCCACUGGCAGAGCCUUCUUGUUCAAUAAGGUUGUGAAUCUGCAGCACAGCGAGGUGCAAGACCGAGUCAUGCUGACAGGAAGACACAUGGUGCGAGACGUCAGCUGCAAGAACUGCAACAGCAAGCUGGGCUGGAUGUACGAGUUCGCUACGGAGGAAAGCCAGCGCUACAAGGAGGGCCGCGUCAUCCUGGAGAGGGCGCUGGUGAGGGAGAGCGAAGGCUUCGAGCACGUUCCCUCUGACACCUCCUGAGUUCGCCUCAGCUGCCGCUACGAAGCUCCAUCCAUGCGUUCUACAGCUUUUCUUCCAGCAGCAGUGCAUGGACUUGCAUGUACAGUGCGCCAUUUGUGAUUAGAGCUACACCAAAAUUAUA